GAAAAAAUAACACAGCAGGCCUGCGUCAAUGACAUAUGAUGUGUGAGGCGCCGCCAUCUCGUAGCGAUUGUCUUCGGCGCGCGCAUGAAGGCGAAAGCUCAGUAGGCGUACAUAUAUACAGAUUUUGAACCAUCGCCAUCCCGCGAAAUAGAUCGGAUUGUCCUUGUUCAGAGGAGCGUACUCCGAACACGCUGCGGCUCCAUAGCUGCGAGCCCUUUGUUCUACUAACAUAAUCCGCGUGACAUCGACUGUCGUCAUUUCAAGCAUAUCAGAAGCAAGCGUUUGCGACCUCACCUCUUUCGCUCCAUCGGGAUGUCGAGCAGCGACACAGCCAGUGAUACGGGCGACAUCCGAGAAUGGCGCUCCAUCGUUACGCUUGUCGUUUUUGUCAUCGCUAAUUGCAUUGUCUUGUUCCCAUUUCACUUGCCAGUCCCAGUUCCGCAGUCACUGCGGGAUCGUUGGUGGGACCUCCUCGGAUACUGGCGCGUUAUACCAGAACGGCGAAAAGAUCGCCGUGCUGACCCAUGGCGAUUUCCCGUGAAUCUCACGACCGGACCAUUGAUCGCAGUACUGUUCUUACUCGCCAUCCUCGCCAUUGGGCGCCAAGAGGUCCACGAUGGCACUGUGGGCGCUGACCACAUCUAUCCCAUCGACGUGAUGGUCUUCUUCGUGACGCUAGCAUACAUCGCCAUUUCUAUUGACGCCUCGGGACUCAUUCGGUUUCUCUCAUUCAAGGUUCUCCAAAAAGGAGGAAAGAAUGGCCGCUUGCUCUUCCUGUAUCUCUAUCUAUUCUUCUUCGCGUGCGCGAGUUUUGUCGGCAACGAUCCGAUUGUGCUCUCCGGUACUGCUUUUCUGGCAUAUCUCACCCGCGUUUCUCGUAAUAUCUCCGAGCCGACGGCGUGGAUAUUCACGCAGUUCUCCAUCGCCAACCUCGCGUCCGCGAUUCUGGUCUCGUCCAAUCCGACCAAUUUGGUGCUGGCGGGAGCUUUCGAUAUUUCUUACGUUGAAUACACAGCCAAUAUGAUUGUACCAGUCAUAAUUACGGCAAUCGUCCUUUGCCCAUUCUUGAUCUUUGUUCAAUUUCGCAACAAGAAUCUAGUCCCUCAUGAGAUUGAGCUACAUGAGCUCCCCGAGGACCGGAAGGCCAGAGAACCUGUCAAUCCCAACAUUCCAAGCGCACGAGCGGAGAAGGCUGCAAAGGAGGAGGACGAAGAAGAAGAACGGCUUAUUUCUCUCGAGGAGAUCAUGAAUCCCUACCUAGAUAAGAAGAGCGCCAUAUUCGCAGGAACGGUCAUGGCCAUCACGUUGAUUUCUGUUCUGGUGCUCAAUGCUGUGUCAGACAAAUUCCCCAACCACUUCCAAGUCUACUGGGUGACGCUUCCGGCAGCGGUCAUCGUCUUCUCAUGGGACUUGGCGUAUGGAUGGAUUCACCGAGAGUAUACGAAGGAGACGAUGGCGAAGCUGGAGGCUGAGGUCAAAGAAGCUGACGCGCAACGAUCGAAACGUCUUGAUGUAGAAAAGGACGAGAGUGGCAAGGAAUCCGAGAAGGAAGUCGCUGCUCCAGCAGCUAUUGUUAAGCGGACAUCGUCCGUAGGCGAGGUAUCAUCCGCUAGAGAAGAUCAGCUUGAGAAAGCGGACGAUUUCCACUCAGAUGAGCACGAGCCAGCAACAUUGCAGUCGGAGCUACAACAUCUGUACAGGCGGGCACAGGUGACAUUCCCGACUGCGACGAUGGUCCUCACGCUUCUACCACUUCCGCUUGUGCCCUUUGGGUUUUGCAUGUUUAUCCUUGUUCAGGCGCUGGUGACCAAAGGUUGGGUGACUGUGUUCGCGCAUGGGUGGGAUCAUUGGGUUAACGCGACGGGAACUGUCGGUGCCAUCGGCGGCAUGGGAUUUCUCGGGGUCGUACUUUGCAAUUUCGCCGGCACCAACAUCGGCACCACAAUCUUACUCUGCCGAAUCCUUCAAGCCUGGGUGAGCCUACACACCGCCGACCCGAACAACCCGAACGGACCGCAGCCCACGCCGAUCAGCCAGCGGACCUUCUGGGCCAGCGUGUACAGCAUGGCGCUGGCGGUGAACUACGGGGCGUUCAGCACUGCCUUUAGCGCGUCGCUGGCCGGUCUGCUCUGGCGAGACAUUCUCGCGCGUAAGAAGAUUUUCGUGUCGGCGAGGAGUUUUGUCUGGGUGAAUCUGCCGAUUAUCACAUUGACGAUGGUGGUAGGCCUCACGGUGUUGAUUGGCGAGGUCUAUCUUACGAGGUCGGAUGAGCCGUAUGUUUCGAGGACGGCGUGAUUGGGUGUGGCGCUAUAAUGCAAUUUUCAUGUAUGGCUUCUGGGCGUUCUUUCUAGUCAUGUCCGGCUCGCUUUCAGAUAUUCGUUAAAAUCUGGCAUUUAGAUGAGUAGCUUGCUCAAUGUCAGUUCUCAAGUCUGUC